AUGGCAUCCGUUAGUAUCAAGCAGGAAAUAAUCAGUCAAGGGGAAAGCGAAAUGCAAGUCAUGCAAAUUGUUCAAGCAGCCUUAGAGGGAAUUGACAUGGACGCGCUGAGCAGUAUGACACCAGGGCUCACUCCGGUCGCUCGUCAGGACGCUAUCAACAGCUUGCUUGGCUCAAAAAAAUUGGCAAUUGAACAGGCACCGGGUGGUGUGCUUCGACUCAAAGUGAACAACAGUCAGCAAAUUGUUGGAAGUGAAGAAGAGCAAAUGGUAAUAGUCAGUAGAAUUCGAAAAAAUAGCGGUUAUUUUCAGAUAUACGGACUGAUCGAAGAGUCGAAAACACGUGGAAUAUGGAUAAAAGAGCUUCGUGACGGCUCUGGACUCAAUCAGUUGCAGUUGAGAAAAACACUGAAGUCACUGGAGACUAAGAAAUUGAUCAAAACUAUCAAACCAGUUGGAACUACGAAGAAGUGCUAUAUUUUAUUCGAUUUGGAGCCAGCCAUGGAGUUGACAGGCGGCACAUUCUACUCGGAUCAACAACUGGACUCCGAACUGAUCAACACUCUGAUCACUGUCUGCGGAACGUUCGCAAGUUCUCGGCGAAAGAUUGCGAUUGAUGAGAAUCCUAACAGCAUUCAAAUGCAAAGAGAAGCCAGUUAUAUUCGACCACAGGAGGUUCGUUCUUAAACCUAGUGUUCUUCCAAACUUUAUUCAAAUUAAUGCAUUCCAGAUCGCCCAGUUCAUCAUCGAAAAACGAGUGCUCAACGUUCCGUUAUCGUUGGAAGACCUCGAACGGAUUCUGGAAGUUGCUGUGCUCGACGGAACCAUUGAAAGGCGCGCCGACGGGAAGAUCCGCGCGUGUCCACCUCGUUCCAGCAUCUCUCCCCUCGUUUCUGUGCCUUGCGCAGUGUGUCCGGUUGUCGAAGACUGCCGUCCCGGAUACGUGAUCUCGCCACAAUCUUGCGAUUAUAUGAAGAAUUGGCUUGCCGAAUUGUGA